AUGGAGCAGCAGCUGGUGGCAGAGAUGGUGGGGGUGCUGCAGACGCUGGUGCAGGCACCCUCUGUGAACGGCGUCCACACCGAGAAGGCCACCGUCUUAGCCCUCGCUCGGGAGGCUCAGCGCCUCGGUCUCGACCACACCCUCCACUCGCUCGACGAGGAGCGACCCAACCUGGUCGUGUCAGUGGGUGAAGGCGAGCCCAGCUUCCUCUUCAUCGCCCACUCUGACACCGCGAUGGUGGUGGGACUACGCUAUGCAGUGGGCACCGGCCAAGAGGAGCUGUGGAAACACCCACCAUUCGCGGGGGUCGUGGAGGAUGGCAUCCUCUACGCUCGCGGCGCGUGCGACAACAAGGCCGGAAUGGUGUGUGGCCUGUACACGCUCAAGCGGCUGGCCGACACGAUCGCCAAGUCGGACGAUCGGUACAGGAAGCUGGGCAAGGUGCAACUGGCCAUAGUCGCCGAUGAGGAGAGCGGUGCGUGCAGCAAGAUCGGCAUGCGGUACCUGCUCGACGAGAAUCUCGUGGGCGGCAAGGGCGCCAUCUACGGCUACCCCGGCACGCGGGUCACUAUCGGGCACCGGGACAUUGACCCUGUUGCGUUAGGCCUUCUGCGCUUCACGAUCGAAGUGCACGGCGAACCGGUGCAUGUUGGAAGCAGCGAAUGGACGAAGGGCAUCAAGGGUGCGAAUGCAACGAUGGCUCUUGUGGACAUCUUGUCGCGCAUGGAGAAGCACGAAUGGCCCUUGGACGAGCACGACAGCUUCCCCGGCCUCAACUUUGUCUGCACACCCGGCACGUUGAUCAGCGGCGGCACCUACGAGAGUGUGGUCCCCAACUAUGCGCAGACGCUCGUCGACAUGCGCCCCAUGCCGGACACCAACGUCGAGAACAUCAUCGCCACUGUCGAGAAGAUCAUCAGUGACGUCAUCACGGAGCGUAACGCCAAGAUUGGCAGCGAUAAGCUGAACGGCGCCAUGAAGAUCAAGGCGCGCCUGCCCGCAGUCUUCAUUCCCAAGGACCAUCCGCUGGCCACCUCAUGCGUCAAAGCGGUCGAGAAAGUUCUCAACGAGACCCCAGACGUGGGUGGAUGUGGGCCGGCCAAUGAGGGCUACAUGCUGAUCGAGAAGGGCAUUCCCACCAUCUGUGGCUUUGGACCCAAAGGCGGCGCCCCUCAUGCGCCCAACGAGUGGGUUGAAGUAGCAUCUCUGGGCUCCACCGUGGACAUCUACUACGACAUUGUGUGUCGCUACCUCGACCUCUAA